CCAUUCCCUGCCACCCACACCCACGACCUCUUGCAUAACCACGGUUGACGUCGGUGGUACACCACAAGUCCUCCCCCACGUCUUCUCGGGCGGUCAUGGCCGACUCGUCCAAGGCGAUCGAGGCGGUGCAGACUCAGGCUGAUCUCAGUCCAUCGCCGCCGCCGCCAUCAUCGUCUACUGCUGCUGCUGCUGCUGCUGCUGCUGCACCUGGGCUCAAGAUCGAUGUCAAGGGCCCUAAAGCUGCAGGUCGGGCUGCUGCAGGACAGGCGGCGGUAGGUGGACUCACCAUUGAGCUCGGCAAGCGGCGGGAUGAGAUCUCCAAGUCCGGGACGCUGCUGGAUGAGGAGGGCAAGGCGCUGGGCAACGCAGCCGGGGUGGUGGUUCCUAUCUCGGCGCAGUACCGGGUGGUGAUGACGUCGCAGGCGUCGGUGGCGGCCGGCGGGCCGCAGAUGCAGACGUUGCUCGACGCCGAUGAGGUGUGCAUGGACGGGGUGGCGCAGUACGAGCUUGAGUUUGGCGAGCGGCUUGGCGGCGGAUCGUUUGGGGUGGUGUGGAAUUGCAGCAAUAGCGUGGACGGGAGUCAGCUGGCGGUGAAGGAAGUGGCGGUGGAGACCGGGGCAUCGCUGGCGGCAUCACGGCGGAGGCACGUCAAAGAGCUGCGGAGCCUGUACAAGGCGCGGGCAUGCCCGGACGUAGUGCGGUUUCGCGGCGCGUUUUUCGCAGAUCAUCACCUGUUUAUCUGCAUGGAGUACAUGGACGGCGGCGAUCUGGCGAGCCUGGCGGCGCGGGUGGGCGACACGCCGCUACCGGGCGCGGUGCUGGUGGCAGCGGCUGGAUGCGUGACGAGGGCAAUGAUCUUUCUCAAGGCCGCAUCACUCAUGCACCGCGACAUCAAGCCGGACAACAUUCUGGUCAACUCUGCCGGCAAGCUCAAGCUGGCCGAUUUUGGCGAGUCGGGUGAGCUUCGGCGGAGCCGCGCGCUGACGGUGGCCGGCAACACCCUCUAUGCCGCGCCCGAAACGCUCUCGGGCGCCGGCGAUCCAUACACUGUCAAGGCUGACGUCUGGUCGCUCGGCAUGACGCUGGUCGAGCUCGCGCUCGGCUACCACCCGCUUGUCCAGAGCUGCCGUGGCGGUGAGCGCGCCCAGCUCUCGAUGUUUGCCCUCAACACGGCCAUCAUCCACUCGCCUCCGCCGGCACUCGACCCUGCGGUCCUGCCUCACGACUACCCGGCUGCGCUUGCUGACUUUGUCGCCCUCGCCCUCGUCCAGGAUCCGACCGCCCGCGCCGGACUCGACGACCUCGCCAGCGCUCCGCUGCUGACAGACGCUGGGGCGGCGCCGAGCGUGCUAGCGCCUGCAGUGGCUGUGUGGCUAGCUGGGUUGUGA